AUGAAGUGUAAGAAGUUGACACCACGUUUUGUUGGACCGUUUGAGAUAGUAGAGAAGGUGGGAGUUGUAGCGUAUCGGAUUGUAUUACCUCCGUCGUUAUCGAAUCUCCAUGAUGUGUUUCAUGUAUCUCAGUUGAGGAAGUAUGUCUAUGAUCCGUCUCACGUGAUUCAAGUGGAUGAUUUGGAAGUAAGAGAUAAUUUGAUCAUUGAGACUUGGUCAGUGAGGAUCGAGGAUCAGGAAGUUAAGCGCUUAAGAGGAAAAGAGAUCGUUUUGGUGAAAAUGAUUAGGUUUCGACCAACCAGCGUGAGCGCAAAUUGGAAAUUGUAG